AUGACAACUGGUAUAGUGAGUUUAGAGGAUAUUAUAGAUGAUGUAAAAAGGAAUAUUAAAACGGUAUUCCAAAAUAGAGUUAGAGCUGAAGAUCAGCAAGAAGUUUAUAUAAUUGGGCUUCAAUUAAUAUUGGACAGAUUAGCACGAGAGUUAGAAUUUGUGCAAAAUAAUUAUCAAGAUAUAUUUUGUGAAAUUAGCGAUAUGAUUAUCAAAGAAAUUGCUGGUUCAUGUCUUAAUUUAAAGUAUCUCAAUCUGAAAGGAUGUGAAAAUAUUAGCAAAGAAGCUAUAGAUUGGCUCGUUUCACUUAAUCCAAAUAUCCAUGUCGAGAAUUUUGUGGCUAGACAAUCUUCGACUCAAG